AUGACAGCCUUGAUCAAGUCCACGAGACUGCUGCGGCCACUUGGAACUCGAGCUCCGGCCCUGCUGCAGGCCCAGCGCCGGCGCUUCACCUCGGACCGUGCGUACGAUGUUUCUGACGCCGACAUCUCCAAAUUGGCCAACCUGCCUCAGCAUCCUCUGCGUCUUGCAGAUCUCGUAAGACACGGCAGGCCGCCUCUGUCCGAAAGGUCGCUCCUGUCCUCGGCCAACUUCACACUCUCCCUCGCCCCGAUUCGUCUCGCCCACCGCCUCCAAGCGCUCCAGAACCUUCCGUACAUUGUCGUCUCCAACCCCAACAUUUCUCAAAUCUACAACAACUACCUGCACUCUCUAUCCAUCCUGCUGCCCUACUGGCAGGCCGCUUCUGAGGGCCGAGCCAUCACCACCCUCGACGAUGAAAUCAAGUUCACCAAUGUCCUCGCCGAGCUGGUCGCUACUCAUACCGACACAAUCCCCAUCCUAGCCAAGGGCUUCCUCGAGUGUCGGCGGUACAUCUCCCCAGCCGAAGUGACGCGCUUCUUGGACGAGCAUCUGCGCGCCCGCAUUGGCACUCGCCUCAUUUCCGAGCAGCACAUUGCACUGCACUUUAGCAGUCAGCCUCAUUUUGAUCCUGGAGCUAGUCCUACGCCAUGCCCCGAGCAUCCCACAUAUAUCGGUGUUAUUGACACCGCUUUGAAGCCUUCGCUAACGAUUGACUCUUGCGCCGGCUUCGUGGCUGAUAUUUGCGAGCUCCGAUACGGCGUACGCCCAAAGCUCAUCAUUGACGGCGAGCCAGAAACGACGUUUGCCUUCCUGCCGAUGCAUCUGGAGUAUAUUGUCACCGAACUUCUUAAGAAUGCGUUCCGCGCAUCAAUCGAGAGCAAAGCAACCGAACCUAUCGUGGUCACCAUCGCCCCCGAGCCACCGUUGAAACAACAAGAGGGCCAUCUCCCUGAUAUCAAGCCCCCAUCCGAGGAACUAGGGCCCUUCAAAUACGACGCCAUCAAGCCUCUUGACGAUAACGCCCCGGGUGUGACAAUUCGCAUCCGAGACCGAGGGGGCGGCAUUCCCCCAGAUGUUCUUCCUAAUAUCUGGUCUUACUCGUUUACUACCUUUUCCGAAGACCAAGACAUCCCAGGAUCCAGUGGCAACGACGGGCUCAGUGCUAUUGCUACUGCCAGCACCGGGGGAAGCUCGAUUGCCGGCCUGGGAUACGGUCUGCCGUUGAGUCGCGCAUACGCAGAGUACUUUGGCGGUGGUAUUGCCGUCCAGAGCUUAUACGGAUGGGGAACUGACGUCUAUCUCCGUCUUAAGGGCGUUGGAAAAGUAGACCAAAAGUAA